GAAUUUUAUGUAAACGACAACCACCGGAAUAGCAAUUUAAAGAAAAGGACGUGGCAAUGCCAAACCAUGGGUAAAUCGCAACAUUUGACUCCUUAAUUUUCAAGUAAAAACCUAACAAGUUUUUGACUUAUAAGUUUUCACUUGGCUUUUUUCCGGUUAAGUCCUUGCCACUUUUAAAAACCGGAUUUAACAGGAUUUAACCAGAUAAUACUGACAUUUGUUGAACCAUGAAAAAUCAGAUUUUCCUAAGAUUUUAAAAUUUGAGAAUAGUGAUAGUGUCGGUUUUUCACAUUUUAGUACUUAAUAAUUACCGGCCAAAAUAAAUUAACAUUGCUUUUGAUUAGUCAAAACUGUCCCACAAUGCAAAACUUAAGCUCUUAUGUAGAAGACUUCAAUGAUCUGGAGAGGGGUUUUUCUUGUGAAGCCUUUAUUUCAAACACAAACCCGGUGUUAAUUUCCUCACUUGCACGCUUAACAACGGGGACAACGCUCCGCAAAGAAUUUUCUUAUCUGAAUUAUCCGUAUUUUUGGUUCUUCCCGGUAUAGAUAUUAAAUCUUUAAAGGUUCGAGAUGAAGAAGACGGGGAACAAUCUUGACCCAAAGAUUUAUUUUAGAGAUAGUAUUGCAAUCCUCGAACGGAUAGAUUUGCUUUAUCAAGCAGAGAGGGUUAGAUAAUUCCAGUCGCAGUCUUGCUCUCUCAGUCUGACUGUCUGUCUUCGGUUGUGUAAUUCUGAAAACAUUCCACUAGAGCAGUGGUUUCGAACCGAACUAACAGGCCUUGAAAGCAUUGCAUGCCUCAUUACCGAAGCGCCGCACGUUUGCAGACUGUCAUUGGAUUAUAUAUCGGGUGCAAAGUGCGUGUGUUUGAAAUUAAUUCACCGAGUACACAUGGCCGGCGUCGGAAUCUACGAACUUAGCUCCACUCUACCUAGGCGCAAAUCCCACGGAUUUAACACACGCCGCCUCGUAAAUCAUGCCCGACGCGAGGCGAUUUAUGAAUUUUAACCGCUGCACUUGCUCAAAAUUAUCGGCCAGCCGGCCGAGAGGAAGUUAAUUAUAUUUUUAGCGACUUUUCGAUCGGCCCCUGGUGCAGUUUUAACGACUCUGACUGUAAAAGCAUCAUAAAACGGAUAAAAAUAGACGCGGGAACGUGUCACAUCCGCAAACAUGACACGUCGCUGGCUCGCGCAGCUCCUCGAAAAUUUGCUCUGAGGGGUGUUCACCUGGCUCUGCCUCCACUAUGGCCGCGGACAAGUAAUCCAGUUAGGGCACCGAAACCAACCGCGUAAUCGUGAAUAAACAGAUUACGCAAGCCGAAAUACCGGUAUUAUAAUGUACAGGUGAGCCCAAAGAGUCGAGUAAAGGAGACAGCGUCGCUGUUAGUUAACCAAAAACUAUUAUGUGUCGGUAAAAAUGCUGCAGGUACUUGUUCAAGAGGCAACUCAAUCCGUUUUCAAUCCGUUUUUAUUUCUCCAAACAAGUCAUAUUAUGUUACAAACAUUUAAAGUCAUGAAAAUCACGAAAGGAGAAAUAAGGCAUUUGUAGUGCUAGCGAACAACCCUUUAGGAUUCGAAGUUUUGGUUAUUGGCGAAACCAUUGAAUUCGCGUUCCUUUUGUAAUUUGAACUACUUAUGGUGGCCAUUUUAAGAAAAUUAUUCAAAAUUUGAAAAUGAGAAAUCAUUUUAGACUUUCUGAAUGAAGAAAGAUAUUUCCCAGUUUUUAAUCCUUGUUUGUAGAGCAAAAAACUUAAAAUAUUUUGAAAGCUCACGAAAUUUUCUAACUUUUCCAGCCGAUGAAAAUUUUUCUAACAUCACCUUUCGUUUCCGAAAAAAGUGAUGUUAAUUUUACCUGUAAAAAUAAAGUAAUACAAUUUUUCGCGUUCUUUCAGACCCAAAAUAUCCCUUGACUGAUAAAUAAUAUAUAAUAAACGUACAUGAGCAGUAUUUAUAUUAUCAGACAGAGAAAUCCCCCUUUAAUAGAAAACUCUCAUAAUAUUUACUAUCGGUCGUAACCCUUCACUGCUAAUCGCAGUCCCACCUUUGCAAAGUUAAGUCAUCGAAUACCACAACACAUGAAUAGGGUUUGCGGUGUGCAGAUUGUAAGAUUUCCCUGCGCUUCGCACUCAUUGUCAGUUCGGAUUAAACCGCACCGCACGGAAAGAAAGGGCAUACGGUUUUGUUUUUGUUUUGCACUAUUAGCCCUUUAAACUGCAGCCGCCUAUCUUAUCUGCGAACGCGAAUCUUUAUUGCACUACUUAAACUUUUACGGCCUCACGAGAGAAGAGCUCGUACCACGCGCGCACGGCUGGCGCAGUUUGAAAAGUUGCUGUCGCCGGGAAAAACGGUAGAGGGAUUACACUGCUGUUUUAUGCACCAGCCGCGCGUAUAAAAUUUGGCCCUUUUGCCCAAGAGUUUAUCGGCCCGGCCCCGGCAGAAAAGGACAAUUACCCCGAAAUAUAUUGACGUGCUCAAAAGCUAUUAGACUUCUUAAAUGGCGCGAAAAGAGAAGAAGGAGUUCUAUGAUCCCUUAAGAAGAUAACUGCUUUUUCUAUCUUUUCAAAAAUGAUAAGAGGUGUAUGGCUUAAAAUAUUAAGGGAGCACUGACAAGGAAUUGCUGUGAUUGACGGUGAAUCAGGAGAAGUGAUGAUGCGUGAUUUUUCACUUUCUGGAAAACACUCUGGAAGGAAAAAUUGCAAUUAGCUUGAAAUAAUUGCUCCAAAUCUGCUGAGCUGAUUAACAGUUAAAGUUGCUCAAUUUUUGCUACUCCGACAAAUUCUAAAACGUUAAAAUAAAUUCUUAUUUCUUUAUUAAAUAGUUUUUAAACCUAAAAGAAUUAAGAAACUUUUGAUAUCGACAUGAUAAGAAAUCUUCGAAUCUUUCAACGCACACAUCGGCUCACUCACCAAUCCUAUUAACUCUUUACAAUCUGUACCCCAGUCUUUUUACAGGUUCACUAACCCUCACUCGGUCAUAAAUAUCUUGUCUUCAGUAUUCAAAAUACAUCUUCUAUAAUAUUCUUAGUUUCUAAACAAACACGUGUUGAAUUGCUUAAUCUACAAAAUCUGUCAGUUUUGCUAUUUUCUUAUUUUGUAAUACAAAAACAAAAUCUACCGAUCUUUGGAAACUGCUUGCAAUUCACUUCUGCUUGGGCUUAAAAAGAUAACAAAUAAUCUUCCUUCGGGGGUGCACAUCUAGAAUUUACACAUUGCACGGUUUCUCUGAUACAAACAAAAACGAUUUCCUUAUAGCUGUCAAAGCUAUUUUUGAUCUGUAGUCACCGAGGUUAUGCUAAUUUAUCAUAGCACUCCAGUAAUAAGGUUUUCUUUAAGACCAGCUCAUGGGCUCACAUUUUAAGACAUUCUCAUGGGUGCCAAAACAAUGGGGAAUAGUUGAGCAUUUUAGGGCUGCCCAAUGCCAGUGUGGGUACGUGGAGCCGUGACAGAAAUGCGUCUUUUAGUAGUGAACGUCAUAGGUCAGUUAUUUUGGUCUCGUGGUUGAAGUAGUUAAGUUAAGACCAAGACUGUGAAAUUACAUGAAUAAUUGCAAUCACAAAUACAAUAAAUAAUUACAACAAUGAAAAUAUUACAUUCCUAUAUAAACAAUUACACAUAUUGUUUAUUACAUUAUUUUUAGCUUCUAUUUUGUUUGCAGUGAAUCAUAAAACUACGUCAAGUGUUAUCCUAUUCUUCAUGCAGUUUAAUAAAUAUUCACACUAAUCAUUAAAAUUUGAUUUCGAUUCAAUUUUCUUAUUUGCAAAAAUGUAUGUCACACCUGCUAAAAUAGCAUAGGGAUGCCACCAAGAUUUCCAAACUAACCACGUGCGCGAGACUGUAUGACUUUAUCUGCGUGUCGAGUGCGUUUUAUCGCGUACAUGCCUGCGCUGACGAGCGAGCUGGGAAUCGAUUCGCACGUCCGCUCUGCUGCGAUUGGAAUAAUUCGGUCGUGCAAAUGUGCCCCUGCUCUGCAUUCACAGCGACCGAGCGGGCAAAAAGCCGCCCGCGUAGAGACAGCUGUCGCCGCUUAAUUUAUUAUUACACACAGCGGCAAUAAUUCAUCGGAGCGGCAGCAAUGUGCAAAACUCGAGCUAUAUCUUCUUCUUCGCCGCAUUUUUGCGUUUGUUUGUUUGUUUGGUGGCUCAGCCAACGGCCGGCCGACCGGCGUUUACUUUUUUCAUUUUACUAGACGCGCGCGCGGGGAAUGGCAAACUUUUAAGUAAAUUAAGCCCGGUGGACGCGCGCAUGGUGGCAGAAGAGCGAACACAAUCGCCAGCGAGUUCGUUUACAUUUCACUCGGCGCCUUUAUUAACUUUUCCAGUGCACAGGCUCGUCCAAUCAAUUUAUUUCCGCCCGCCAGAGUGAAAGAGGAGCGUGUGAGAAAGGUCACCCCCCGAGAGCUGUUGUUCCGAGCUCAAGAUGAUCGUUAUGCAAAACUCAUUAAUUAUCACGCAGGCGCUCCGUCACUGCCGCUGCUAAAUAUUUAAUUCUCCUUUCGCGCCUCCCUCCGUCGAAUCUUGACGUUUAAACUGGAGCAAAGUUGUUCGCCUUAGAAGGCAGGCACCCUCUCAAAGUAAUUCAAACUUUCAAUGAGCAGGGUGAGUUAAAUCUUGGGUCGUUACAGAGAUUCUUGAUACUUUAGAUGACAUUAAGUGGUCGUCGUGGUCAACUAUUUUUUAUGUUUUUAAACAUAAUACUUUUUAGACCGCGAACAUUUCAACCUAGAGGAAAUAUGUGGAAUAAAUGCUACAAGACCGAUAUAAAAUUUUAAGUCUUCAAAGGCGUACAUAAAUACAUAUGUUUUAUUUUCUUAUUUAAAAGAAAAUGAGUCGUACGCCAAUGGUGUCCAAUAAAUAAAUAAUAAUAAUAAUAUUAAUAGAAAAUCCGUUUUAAAAAUUACACGAUGUAAAUUUUAAGCUCUGAUUUCGAAGAACGUACAUCUAUUCAUCACCUAAUUGACGCCCCCAUUUAUCGUCGUAAAGUCUGAAAUAAAUUAUUAUCCUAUAAUCGAUCAAAAAUGAAUGUUCCAUCGAAUAACCCUCUUUCCCAUCGGUGCGGAAUGAUGAAUUUCGGAAAUCAAUCAACCGGUCUAUAGACUUGCUUUUUAUCUUACAUUUCCGCCACUUGACUUUUGAGAGAGUUUUCCCUCGAAGCACCCACCGCUGCUGCCGCAGCAGCCUCGGGUGGUUCGUCUGACCUGAGAUCAUUAGAGAAGUUUUAUCUGGUCUUGGGGAUCAGUCAAACCGGCUCAGCGCAGCUCUUCUUCAUCAAGUAAUUGAGGCGUGAUAGCUUUUUCGCUAGGGCUGCUGUCGUGCAUCGCCCGAGACUUUGAAAAUCAAUAGCUCUCGGCGAAAAAUUUUUCCCUCGUGCUCAACUGGGAAAUCAAUUAAAAAGCGCAGCCAGAGAUCUAUAAGGCGGCAGCGGCGACGGCGAAAAUUCCGUCUCGUCGCAUUGUUCGCCCUUUCGCGGAGGCACAAUUAAAUUAUUGCAUCAGUGCCCAUACGCGGUUUAUUUGUGUUUUAUUAUCGCCGGGCCAUUAGCGCUCGAUAUAGGAAUGCGGGACGUGACGGAAAUUAUUCAGAGAGCGCGUCUUUUGCGCCUAAUUUGGCUGCUCGCGCGUGUGUUAAUGACUUUCGAUUUUAUCGCCGGGUAAUUUGCGCUUGAUUAUACACACCAGCAAUGUAUUGUGACGCUUUUUGUGCAACUGAAACAGCCCGGCAGGCCGGUCGGCAGUUGUGUGUGCAUCUCUCUCUUCUUUUUAUUAUCGCCUGGAAAGAGAUUCAUAAAAUAAUUACGAGCGCUGAAGAAGAGCUAGAGUCGUCUCAAGGACGCAUCGGCACUGCAAAAAAGCGACCCUUCUGACUGUCUGAGGACCAAGCUGCCGCCGCUUGAAUGCGAUCGACGCAAGCAAUUGUCAUAACACCGACCGCAUGCAUGCAAUAGCACUCAAAUCUGAACAGCUGCCGUUGAUUUCGCCGAAAUUGAUUUGCAGACUGUUUUAAUUACACGAAACAAAAAUGACCUUGAACAACUUUCUUUUAAGAGAAAUUCCUAAAAAAAGGCAGUUAUAUUUAAUACUUGAGCCAGACAAUUCUAACAUUAUUAUGAUGGAGAAAAGGCGUGCCACACCAGUUGCAAAUUGCGGGAAAAUCGUCAACUUGGACGUUUUAAAUUAAAAUUUUGGCUUAAAUCCUGAUGAUGAAUAAAUUUUUACAUCUAGUCAAAAUGCUUAAUAUUCAGUUUCAAUAAUCCUCAUCAGAACAAACAUUAAAAUGGAAAAAAAGUUUUUUUAAGCUGCUCCGGUUGCUCCGAAAGAACUACUUGAAAAACAAAAUGAAUGGUGUCAUCCCUCAAUCAAUUAUGCUGCAUAACUGUCUUCAAAAUAUCUUGUAACCAAACGCAAAUGCUUUCUAACCUCGUAUACGCAAACACUCGGCGAGUGCAAUUAAACCAGUACCUCGCCGCUUAAAGGCACAUCUUGUUUGUUUUACGCGAAAGCUCUCCCUUUACUCUGGUGUCCGCGUGCGUGCAUUUUAACUAGGACGUCCGGCUGAGCCUGAAAGGUCGUCGGCCGCUCCCUUUGUGCUGCCUGCCUGCCACUGACACCGCAGUCUGCAUUCCUGUGUGCCCGACGGGCGGAUGCUGCUCUCGGCAGCGGCUUGGUCAGAUCCAUCACUCGGUCCAUUUCCCCGCUAACUAAUUGGCCAAUGUAAACACCGGAAGCUAGCUAGUCGUCGCAGGUAACUGGCAAGAGGCCCGCCCGCGGUUGAAACUCGACGUUUCAUCGAGUUGUCCUGCGAAAUGUACGCUAAUUUGACAUAUAGAGGCCGAGAAUUGAUUGCCAAAGGAGAUUGGAUGAAAUGAUGAAAACGUCGAUGAAAAAACAGGAUGUGCUCUAGGGUCCGUCUGGUUUUUAUUUCUAUUAAAAAGUACGGUGUUUUCUACACGGUGGAUAUUAUAUAUGUUGUGCAAUUUCAGCUUCGUCACAAAUAAACGAAAAAGUGCCGGUCAGAAGGUCAAAGGUUUAACAAAUAUUUUCUUAUCCUUAUCUGAACAUGAAAAUGACUCGAUCAUAUUUUUACCAAUUUUACUACGGAAAUGGAAGUUGAAAUUAACAAAACUGCGGGCUUCGUUUGAUUGCCGUUCCAGGUCUAAUCUCCAAUUAAAAUCGGAUAAAAGUUCAAAGUUUUGCUGAAAUUUGAAUGAAAAUCAUUAAAAAAUGUACAUUUUCUUUCCAAACUGUUUGAGCCAUUCAUCUAGAAAGAAGCGGGCCCACCAACUGUUGCGCAGACAAAUAGAUUUUCAAUUAGGGUCCUAUGGCAAUUAAUUAAUGCACUGUGCGUGCGAUGCAAAUUGCUUAUAUCACCCGCCGCGCGGGCACUUUGCAUCCGUUUCGCGUUGGCCUGCACGGCAAAGGCCACGUAAUUAUUUGUUAUUCGCCGAACGCCCGGUUGCAGCUAGUCUGGCGGAAAACAAUGAAUGUACAGCGCGACGCACUCGAUGUUAUUGUGUGUGCACAUAUUGUCAACGCGCGUCUCGUGAAUAUUAAUCACCGGGCACGGCGUACCCAUACGAAAUGAUGGCUGCCUCCGCAGCCUAAUCCGCCGCACACGGCUGCAUUAUUCGCGAAAAUUAAUUAGACCAGUGUGUAUGGUGUGCGUUUGCACGGUGUAACACGCGGACAUGCGGUUUUAUGCGCCGUUGUUUCGGGCCAAUUUUAAAAGCAAAUGAAAAGUAAUUGCCAGUUUGUGAGCAGUUUAAAAAAGUGAUGCCAUUCAUGGAGUUGCUCUUGAGAAAAGUUUUAAAUUUUAAAUUGGGAGGGAAAGGCUACACGGAAAUUUUCAAAUGGGUGUGACGGUCUCACUUUUAAAUUUUGCCUUAGACUUUGGAUUACGAUAGUCUUUCUAAAGAAAGUCUAACUUAAUUAUUACGAUGCUGCUAGCAAUCUUAUCUGCGUGCAGCAGUAUAAAAGUUUAGACUUCUUUGGACUGUCGCACUGUGCCGCAGACAUGUCAUCAAGCUUAGCAAAAUGGUCCAUAUUUCGUUUGCUGGGCGAUCGUUUUUCGCGAGACAUUCGCCUUGCUAUGGUUUUUGGGAACUCUGGAGGUGAGGCGAUUUUUGUGACCCAUAACGAUGAGGUGUUCAGCAUUGGAGGCAAUUUAUUAGGAUGUCUUGGCACUGGCGACACUGCAUUGCACAUCAGACCUAAAAAAAUCGAUGAGUUAUGCGGUAUGAAUAUAAUAGGCUUCGCGUCUGGACACAAUCAACACGUUGUAGCGAUUUCUUCGUCUGGCGCAAUUUAUUCUUGGGGUCUAAAUAGAUUCGGGGAGCUUGGCCUGGGAACUUUAAUUGGCAGCCUGAUUCCUGUACAAAUUCCAGGUUUUUUGGCGACAAAAACAGUUGUCCAAGUAGAGUGCGCUGAUCAUUUUACAAUUGCUCGAACUUCAGAUGGACAGGUUUUCACUUGGGGUCUGAAUGAUUGCGGCCAGUUGGGGUUAGGGCACACAACCAACGUUACCUCUCCGAGCAAGGUUGAGGGCAUGCUAGGAGGGAGAUUCGUCUCCACCAUCGCAUGUGGACAAUCUCAUUGCAUGGCGGUACUCGAUUCAGGAGAGUUGUUUGCUUGGGGCGGCAAUGUAUGUGGACAGUUGGGUCUUGGACACAAAUUCAAAACGUUGAGGCCCUGCAAAGUGACCGGCCUGCAAGGCGCUAAAAUUGCCCGUGUAGCAUGCGGCUACGAUUUCACGCUCGCCCUCUCUGACACUGGAGUCGUGUACGCUUGGGGCCAAAACGACUGGGGUCAGUUAGGGACUCAGACGACCUUCAAUGACGAAGCAAUCAGUCCUAUCGUUUCUGCCACGGGUAUCGGCAGGGUAACUGAUAUUUCUGCUCUGCAUUACAACAAUCGUCCGUGUGCAGCUGUCAACGAAAAUGGUAACGUUUACUUUUGGGGCACGCUACCAUCAGCUGGUCCUAUAUUCCAUCCGAUUUUGACUAGGUUUUCAUCAUUGAUCGAUGUUUAUGCCGCGCUUGAUUGUGUUCCGGUUUCACUGCGUUCCUUUCAAAUACCAGUUGAUGAAAAUCCAGAAGGUGCCAUCAGUGCUUGCCUCAGGAAGUCCUUUGAUGAUCCUGAAACCGCCGACUUAGUGGUGAGGGUCGAAGGAAAAGAAAUAUCCUUGCACAAAUCGCUUUUGAUAAUGCGUUGCAGCCACUUCAGAAUUAUGUUCCAGGGCAAUUGGAAAGAAAGCGAACAGCGUGAGCUGGUAGUCAAUGAUUUCAGCUAUGAUGCUUACUACGCAUUUUUUAAGUAUCUCUACACAAAUGAGGUUGAUGCAACACCAGAAGUGGCGAUUGAACUAUUUGUUCUGGCUGAUUUCUAUCUCGAUUCAAGCCUUCGAAAGGCUUGCGAAGACUUCCUUGUAAAUUUCAUUGACAAGGAAAAUGCAGCUGUGAUUCAUGAACACGCAGUUCGUUUAAACGCGAAGGGUCUUGCGGAGCGGUGUCUGCUUCAAGUGGCCGACAUGCAUUUGAUGCCUGGUCUUCAGGCCAAGUGCGUGCAGUUGAUCAAACUGGGCGUGACUGUUACAAACGCUGCAUUGAUUUAUGCCAACGCUGUUCAUAACAACGCAAAGGAAUUGGAGGAUUUUUGCUUCAACUUUUGCUUGAACCACAUGACUGCUGUUGUAAACAGCGAUGGUUUCACUGCUUGUGAGUUGCAGGGGGAUACCACCAUGGGAUUUUUCCGUCGUGCAGCAAAUGGAAGGGCCUUCAUAAAGUAGUGUUGAAAUUACUUAUCGCGUAAACGUUUUCUCUUUAGCUAUUGUAUAUUGGUGAAAUAAAAAAAAUAAACUUUGCAAAGUCAAGCUUUCCCCUUGAUUUUUUUAUUAGUCACAAUUCAUAACUCUCCAUGCAACGCAGGAAAUGGAAGUUUUUGCUUCAAAUUUCGCUUGGACUAUACCACAUGACUGAAUUUUACGGAGCAGGAGAAUAAUCUAGCUGAAGCAUUUGUCUGAAAUAAUUUGAUCAAAUUCGGAAAACAUCUCAUCUUGAAAAAUCAUUAUUUUAGAUUUAAAUCAAAUUAUUUGACAAUUGUUCUGCAUAAUCCCUACUUUUCUAUUCCAUGCGUACGAAAUCAAUAUUUUAUUAUAGUAAGGACUCUAGUGCCUGGCUGGACCGUAAAAUUGCUCUGCUGCUGCGGCUGGAUCUGGCCCUAUUAAAAAUUGUUUCAUACAUACAAUUUGUGCACUCACACUAAAUCAUUGGACGCUGGCCGUAAAGUCGCCCACUGUCGACCUCUCUGCGGCGAUACAGAAAGAGAAAACAAUGAAUACGCUGUAAAUAGUUGCUCGUUCACACGGAAUGAACCUGCCGCGUGUCUCUCUCACGCAAAAUUUAGGGUAAGGCCGUCGGAUAAAUUGUAAGCAGCAGCAGCAUGCUCUGUACUCUCCCGACGGCCAGCGAACAAAUAUUGGCUCAGUCGGUCGCAGACUAUCCAAACGACGGCGCUGCCGGACCAAUAAAGUGCUCCAAGGGGAAGUAACAAGCGCGAAAUUGAUGAUGCUCUCUGCCCGAGGAAUCAAUUUUAGCCACUUUGGUGAAAAAAUCUGUUGGUUUUGCAAUUUCCCAAGGCAACGAAUGGACUCUGCUUUUUCUCGUUGGUAAAUAAUAAUAUUGAUUUGAGUGAAUAAAAUAUAUAUUUGGAGCCGCAAGCAUUUGGCGAUGCGCCGCGCGGCCUGAAUUUAGCGAGUCGCCGCAAUGCACUAAAGUGGCGAGCCGGCAAUUAGGCCGCGCUGGUCGUCUGUUUUCCGCCUGCUUUUCUGCGACAAGGAAAGAAAAGGAAAACUCUCGGUUUCGGCGCUUGGCCUCCGAAAUGAAGUCUUCAUUUAAGCAAAUUACCCAACAUAACCGGUCUGCGCGCGUGUAAUAAAAUAAAAAUCCUCUUGGCUGCAAUCCAGCGGCUACAUUUCUGCUUAUGAGUAUUUAUCGACCGGAGUCGUCGGCGCUUCGUCGACCAAGAAAAGCAAAAAGACCGAGUGAAUGAUAGAAAAAGCAGCUUUAAGCCCCGCUAAAACGCAUCAGCGGAACACGUUAAUGCUAUUUAAGAGAUAUCUUUCGAUGAUGUAAAGCAGCUUGACGCUAUCUCUGCGCGACGCGUGUGUCCGGCCGCGUGCCCAAAUUUAGCCACCGAACAGGUUGUGUCUCCGCAAAGAACGGGGGAUUUUGGAAAAAAACAAGAACGUGACAGUGCGAGAAGAUAAUUUUCGUUGCGCAAUACAUGAUGCUAAUAUUGGACGUCACAUGUGUGUGACACUUUUAUCUGCUCAUUCUCAGGAUGUCGCUCCUUUCGCAAUGUUUCUUUCUUUUUAUUUCGAGGUAGAGAAUAUAGAUAUUAGUAGAAUUGGGUCUAUAAAUUUUGGGGGAAUUUGAACUAUGAGCCUGUGAAUUUAUUGCUCCAGACGCAUCCAAUGAGAGCAGAGCUUUUUGAACGCGGCAACGCAAAAAAAGGAACCAGUUUGCGUGACGACGAUAAUUUUUGCCCGCCUUCUCGGGUGAGAGGACGUGGGAUUUUCGGAUUAUCUGCGUUUGGGCGUGAAUGAAUAUAUUUAUGUAGAAAUAUUGACAUUAAAAGUGUGAAAUUUACUUUUGAAAUAAUAAUACUAUUCAAAAUUCUGGUCUGCAUUAAAAGGCACUGGAAUUCAAUAAUAAGGAAAAUCCCUUAGUGUUCGUAUCCGCCACAAGAUAACACUACCAUUGAUUUCCAAUCACGAUGCUUUUCUACUUAAAAAUAUUUUUUGUGUUUCUGUUGCAAUUAACUGAGCUGAUUUUGGUUUUCGGACUCUAAAUGAAACAUUUUUAUGCCAAGAAUCACAGCAGAAGAAUUUUAUCUGAAAUCGCAGUGCCUAGAAAUUUGUAAAGGAACGGUGGCGCCAUCUGUUGGAAGCUAAAAACACACCCAAUUUGUAAAAAUCCUCGUGGAAAUUGAUUGAUAUACAAGAAACAUGUAAAUUAUUACUGGAAUGAAGUUUUUCAAUGCCACAUACCUACAAAAUAUUUCUUUCUAUUCACCAUUUUUUCCCUUAUAUACUGUUUGAAGCCACCACCGGUUUCUUACGCUUUUAUGGCACUUCCGAUGCGAUUUAGAAACGUCAACGACAAUAUUGUUUUGUUAAAUAAUUGUUCAGCAUUUGGGUUCAAGCACAUCUAAAGUAAUAAUUUUCAAUGUAGAAUAAACAGCAGCAAGAUUGAGUCGUAAAUCGCAGCGGAAAUGCCUUUAAAAGAGCAUUAUAUACAGUGGCACCAUCUGUUCGCGGCUUCAAACAAUAAGGGAUUUCGCAAAAUGGGGAUUUGAGUUGUUAUUCUAUUUCACCAUUCAUUGCUGCCCAUUUCCUCAAGUUAAGGCAAUGCUAACCCAAUUAAAGGGGCGAGUGAGUGAUCGCUGGCCGCUUAAUCUUGAUUUAGGCGAGCGUGUGCCGCGGCAGCCGCAGCCACCGCGAGAGAGAAGCUGACUAAGUACACGCAUUUAAGCCGAGUGUAUAAGUGGCGGUGCGGUGUCGACGAAGUAAGCGGCUGCAAAUUACGUUUUGAUGGCUGCUGCUCGCCGACUUUUUCGCAUAAUCUCGAGCCAAUUCGAGAGAGCAGAGUGGCACGACGAGCGAAUAAUAAAUGAGGCGGCUGCUGACAGAGCGUUCGCAGCAGCAGCACGACGGACGCCCUUGCGACCGACCGAUGGAGCAUGUGUGUGUGUGAGUUGUGCAGCAACUUCCUUCACGCGUGAAAAAUUGACGAGCCAAAUUGGUGAUUGACGCGCGGCGCACACGAGAUAAAAAAUCCAUAAUCCCGCAUGUGCGCUAAUUCACACGUUUCUCGCACCCGAGCUGAUCAAAUUUUCGCCGGAACUUUCCCCGUGUGCCGAGUUUAUUUUCUUUAUUGCCUGCUCCACCCCUGCUGCCGCCGUUGCUGCGAUUCUUUUUUUUUUCUCUGCAUCCGUCGCCAAUUGCCAGAGCCUUUCCGCGAAAAUUAAAUUUCGGCCUUUGAGCAGCGCAAAGCGUUUCGUAAACAUUUCCUCUGGUGCAGGUGAGGUGGAGUCUUAAAAUAUUUCAGACCUCAAACGUCACUCCAGUUCCGCAAGUUUUCAUUUCUCUAUACAUCGGCUGAUUUUCUUAGACACAACACACUGCGCCAAGGAGAAGUUUCGAGUGGUGAUGGAUGAAAAAUACAUACACAACUUUUUAUGAGAUCCCUCCCAGGCAAAAGUUUUUAUUUGCACGCUCUGGCUCUUUGCUUAUUUAUUAUUCAGCGCUGAAAUCAUAAACUAGAAAAGCCUUUCUAUACCCCAACAAUAUUUAAAUUAAACAUAAAACUCGUUUAAUCGCAACAAUUUUAAAACAUUUGGAAUGCAAAUAUUUACCAUCUGGCCCUCAACCGUAUUUACUCUAUUUCAAACUCUAGUGCAAAGAUUCCGCGAAUUCUCAGUUUGUUUGCUUUCACAAUGAUCCCUAAUUACUUUCAUAACAAUUUCGCUCUGGCAGUUAUGCAAAACCGAACAAAAUUUGCACGUCCCGCGACUGCCUUUACAUGCGAACAACGCUUAACACUGAUGCAGUCAUCGUUUCGCGGAAUGCUCACAUAAUCAGAAACAGCAUUCCAGAAAUGAGUCGGCCGUAAAAGCCAGCCGCAUAGACGUUUCCAGCCCGCGGAGAGAAAAUCCUAAAAGGACGUCGACGACAAUAAUUGAUAAAACGCUGUUCGGCGGCAAAAUAAGCAUGUGGCGGUGGUGGCGGCUGCGGCUGCUGCUGCGAAUUAACAUCACAAUAACACGCGAAAUAAAGAGACCUGCUGCUGGUGGUGUUGCAGAAAUGUUACACCCAUAUGGAGGCUGGGCUUUGUAGCGCAGCCAGACAGGCAGCAAUCGGCACAAAGAGGCCCUCCCGACAGAAAUAAACCCAUUCUCUCUGAUUUACAACAAUGCCUCCUAUGGGGAAUUUAGAAACAAGACAAGUGCUCUCUUUCUCCCCGCAACUCUCUCGGACGAACGGGCUAAAACUAACUUGUCCUUCAACUCUGUACGUGCCGUGCACCUUUUUUGCUCUCCUCGCCUCUGAUCUCCGCGAGUGUGUGUGUGUCACUUUUCAGGUUCAAAAGCUAACAUUUGCUCGCCGAGACAAUGCCCGUCAAAAGCAGUGUCAUUCAUUUAAGAAAAUGAGAAGGUGCUGGCUGAAAUAGAUUAGUGUGCCAUUUGUGCGGACACACAAGACCCUUGUUCGCGACCGUGUUCUCUUUUUUCUCUUUUGGUGUCAUUGAAGCACACUGCUAAAGCUACCUCACUACUCUGAGAUUAACAUGUGAAAAAACGUUUAUCCAUAUUUUUUCGUGGGUUCCAAGUACAGAUUAUCGAAUUGGAUAUCUGUUUUUCGAUUAAUAGUCUUUUUUUAAACCAAUUAAAAUUGCACGCUUUUCAAUUUUUUUAUAUCCCGCCGGUUGAAGAGAUUAUUUUGGAAAAAUAAAUAGUAAAUUGGAACAAUAGCAAAACACGUUAAGUGGUGAAAUGAUGAAUUAAAUUACAUUAUGUACUCCACCACAAUUGUCAGUCCAUUAUAAAUUGUUGAACAAUAUAAAGCAAAAAAUGGUAACACUCACGGAUGACGGAAAUAACAUAAUUGUGAUGUUACGGAUUUGUUAAAGUUCUUAGGCACUUUCUAAAUCCACAAUCUAAUCUAAUCUCAAUCAUUCUCAUAAUGCUGAUCCACUAUAUAUGCACCACUGUCAAGCAAAUCCAUUUAUAUGCUAUUAAAAGAUAAAAAUCCAUCAUUUUACGCUUAACGUGUUUUAACAAUAUUGCCCUCAUUGGAUUAAGUUUUACAAUUAUCUACAAAUCUUGAUUUUCCUCCUAAGUCAACAGGGUGAUGAAGUAAAACGUUUACACGUGUGAAAUUGAUAUAAAAAUGGCUUUGAUAAAAAUCGAUAUUUAAUAAUUUCCCGCAAUCCUCGUCGAUUGUUCUUUCUAACGUGUGCGGAGUAAAAUAAUCUGUUUUCCCCAUCCCAAACUCUGGCUUUCAAUUUUCUGCUGUAUUUCCGCCGGCAAAUUCAUAUAUUCAUACACAUAUCGAGCAGAAACAAAUUCCAGUUGAUAACAGAUGAGUUUAAACCCAGGGUUGACAGCUCAAUUUCGCCGGCGCCGGUCGGCGGCGUUCUCGAAAUUGAUUUUCGCUUUAACAGGUGAGCACCGGAAAUUCAUUUCCUUGGCGACUGCGGGCGUUUUAUGAAACAUUAAACGACGCACUCACACACACACACACACAUGAAAGCCAUCCGCGCCGCUGUGCAUAUUUAAAGUGCAGUCCUCUCUCUCUCUCUCUCUCUCUCUCUCUCUCUCUCUCUCUCUCUCUCUCUCUCUCUCUCUCUCUCUCUCUCUCUCUCUCUCUCUCUCCUCGAUAUAUACAUAUAUAAUAAUAUAUAUCGAUGUUCCGUCGCUGCUGCGGGAGAGAGAAAAUUUGGCGCGCAUCCCAAGAGGCUGGGCACGAUUGAUUCUGGCUGCAUAUGCACCCGCCGAGCGAGUGAGCAAGCUGCUGAGAAAGAGGACAAAGCUCACAGUCAGUCAGUCUCAGGGCCGUGCUCGGGCAAAAAGCGAUAUAUGGAAAUUCCUCGAAGAUCUGAACCGGUGCCAAGCCAAACGAGUUGCACCCUCCUCGUCUAGCUGCGCAAACAAUCGCGCCGCGGCCGCCAGACAGCCCCUCUUUCGCAUGCGGGCCUGCUGGUCGCUCUCGUAUCCGAUGACCGUCUUGGUUUUCAACAGAAAUUCUACUGAAUGCGUUCUUAAAUACUCAAAUAACACUCACUCGAGCGAAUAAAUCUGUUAGGUUUCGAAACUUUUUGCACUGGUUGAUGAAAAAGGUGUCACUUAAAAAGAGAUUAUAAAACAAAUAAACAAGAAACUCACUAUAAAAGACUGAGAAGUUGCUGAAUCAAGGAAAUUGGUUAGAAUGAACAAAAUGAUUUUAAGGCGAGCAUGUUAUUUUUAAUUUUAUUAUUUCCAAAAUCAUUUUUUUCAAAUAAUUGUUAAAUUUUAAAUACUGAAGCCCUUUUACAAUCUUGUAAAAAAUCACGUUUAGAAAGCUAUUUUCCCCUGUAUCACAUUUACAAAUUUUUCCUACGUUCCUUUAAAUUUAAACUUUAUUUUAAUAAUCUACAUUAUCACGUGGUACCUCUAUCUUUCAUUCGUUCAUAUUAUAACACGACGUAAUGGUUGCCUCUAUAUAGCACAAAACUUUAAUUCAAAAUUAAAAUAGUUGUAUUUACUAAAAUAUCCUUUUCGA